AUGAAGAUGGGUCGAUUUGUCAUAUGCUUUAUCCUCCUAAGUUUAUUUUACAUUAGCUUAGUCUUGGGAGAUAUUGGCACAGCUACUUCUUAUAAUUCCCCUUAUACACCGACGAAAUGUGGCGGGAACAGGUCAGAUCAGUUCCCGUCGGGGAAUCUAUUUGUGGCAGUGAGCGAAGGGCUGUGGGAUAACGGGGCGGCGUGUGGGCGGCGUUACAGGCUGAGAUGUUUGAGUGGAAAUAAUAGGCCAUGCAAGGAAGGAACAAUUGACGUGAGAGUUGUUGACUAUUGCACCAAAAGGCCAUGUCCUUCAACUAUUGCUUUGUCAACUGAUGCUUUUGCUCAAAUAUCAAAUUCUCAUAAUGCUAAAAUCAACAUCGAAUAUGUCCAGUAA